GUUUUAAUUUGUGGCCGAAUCGACUUGUAAAAAUGGCCUUAACGUUAGCGAACAAAACAUGCUUGACCUUUUCUAAAAUAUCUGCUUUGUACAGGAUUACAAGCGGCCUUGGACGCGUGCGUAACAAAAGUGUCAAGAAUCAGUUCCAAGACCUGCGUCCUGAGCAUGAGGAGGCCAUUCAUCCAGACUCAGUCAGCAAAAAACCUGGCAACUGGAAACAGUACACUGACCUCACAUACUUCCACAAUCAGAAAGGAAAACCUAAAAAAAAUGAUGUGUUUGAUUCAGAGCAACUUACCAAAUAUCUAGAACAGAUGAACAUUCAGAUUGAAAGCAACGAUGAUAUGCCUGUAGACAUGCCAGAUCCAUUUCAGAAGCCUUCCAAGACAUGCCUCCUCUGCCAACAUAAUAUAAAACUAGAUUAUAAGAACACUCAGCUGCUGAGUCAGUUCAUCUCCCCGUACACUGGUCGCAUGUAUGGUCGUCAUGUCACAGGACUCUGUCUACACAUGCAGAGACGAGUGGCCAGGGAAGUACGCAUAGCUAAAUUGAUGGGUUUCUUGCCCUUCAUGAACAAGCCUGUGAAAUACUUGGAAGACCCGAUGCUUUUCAAUCCAUUCUCUAGAAAGACAUGAGCUAUUUUAUUAAAUUUCAGUUUAUAAUAUAUUGUGUAAUAAAAUGAUCAGAAGAAGUUAGAUAUAA